CAUUAACUUAUCUUUUGCGUACCAAUAAUGGUCCCUAUUGAAUGCUAGUUUGUUUCAUGUUUGGUUACAUAAUUAUUAUUAAUUAACUUGAUAUGAAGAACUAAAUAAAAUGAUACCCAUAGAGUAUAUAAAUAUGUGAUCAAUUAAUAAUGAGCAGACAACUAUUAUUCUUUCUUUUUCAUCAUAAAAUUUAUAUAAUUUUUCAUAUAUUGCAUACACAUAUUAGGAUAUUUAGUUUAUAAAUUACGUUUGAGUUUAGUUUAGGUGUUCGAAUAGUUAGAAUGAUAAAUGAGUUAAACUGGACGAAACAAAGAAAUAACCCCUCACGUGCUCGAGCUGAACUUAUAAGCUAAUUAAUGAGCGGAACUUGAGUAGAGCUCGUGAGAUCAAGUCAAAUUAGAGUCAAACAUUAUCCAAGGUCCGACCAAACUUAUUUCACCUCGUCUCAUUCACAAUCCUAUCCCGAAGCGAUCUUUAAAGUGAGGAGUUAAGGUUCUAUCCAACACUCAAAUAAUCUUCAUGGUUUAGGAAUUUACCCGUGAAAAUGAAUAACACAACUCACAAAGAAAAUCAGGAGAUUAAAAAAAAAAAUCUCAACUAUUAUGUUGAUCCAAAGGCUUAACAUUUUGUCAAAUGAACUAUAUAUAUAAUUUUGAGGCUAUGCAUUGCAUCCGUCACCCAUUUAAUAACCUGUAGAAUUUUUUAUGGUACAACAAAUUCAGAGCCCCCGCGGCAACCGUGUUAGUAAUCGUCGGUAGGUUGAAGCGUUGAACGGCGGUGGAGGAAUACACAUUUGACAUUACACACUGUCGUGGCGGAGCCGUCGAAACGUGGAUUUUGUUGCGUCAUAAACGUGGCAGAAAAGCUAAAAAUAAACUUCUCGUCGGAGGUCGAAUAAACAAACACAUAAAUUCAUUUUACGGCAAUUUCGUAGAAAAGAAAGAAAAGAACCUAAAAUACACCAAAACCAAUCGUUUCCUUGUAGUUGUAGGUUCCUCUUCUUCUUCUUCUUCUUCUUCUCAUCCUUCACACAAAAGAGAUCAAACCAAACCCAAAAUAAUCCUUUGAUUGCAGACAAUUCAGAAAGCAGACGAAGAAAAGUUAGAAGCUUCCUUCUCUUCCUCAACCUCUCUCUCUCUCCCUCUCGCUGUUUGUUGGUCGCCCAGGCCGCGUUCAACUCAUCAACGCCGGCCACCCUCGCCAGCGAAUUCGUCUGUGAUCUUUUGUUUUAUUUGAUAACAGCAAUUCCUUUGAUCAAUCGACAUCUUUCCGGCCCGAUUCGCGAGUAACCCACCACCACCACUUAGUACUCAUGGCCACCACCGGGAACAAGAACAUCAACGCUAAAUUGGUUCUCCUUGGCGACCCUGGUGCUGGAAAAUCUAGUCUUGUUCUGCGAUUUGUCAAAGGGCAAUUUGUUGAGUUUCAGGAAUCAACAAUUGGUGCUGCCUUCUUUUCACAAACAUUGGUUGUGAAUGAUGCUACUGUGAAGUUUGAGAUAUGGGACACAGCAGGUCAAGAGAGAUACCACAGCCUUGCACCCAUGUACUAUCGGGGAGCUGCAGCAGCAAUUAUUGUGUAUGACAUUACGAAUCCGGCCUCAUUUGAUCGGGCAAAGAAAUGGGUGCUAGAACUUCAAGCACAAGGUAAUCCAAAUAUGGUUAUGGCUCUGGCUGGGAACAAGGCUGAUUUGCUUGAUGAUAGGAAGGUGGCAGCUGAGGAGGCACAAGUCUACGCUCAGGAGAACGGCCUUUUCUUUAUGGAAACCUCAGCAAAAACUGCAACGAAUGUCAACGACAUUUUCCAUGAAAUAGCGAAAAGACUACCACGAGUUCAGCCUUCACAGAACCCCGCUGGGAUGGUUCUCACGGAUAGACCCGCUGAAAGGGCAGCUAGUGCGACCUGCUGUUCUUAAAAUGCUGAUGUUUCAGUUUCUCCAAAAUAUGUACCUUCUGAGUGGCUAAUCUUCUGGUAGUGAAUGCUGAAUCGUAAUGUAAUCCCAUUGAUUGAUCGGUUGGAUGGUGUGUGCCAAGACGUGUACAUGAAUGCUUGAUUUGGAAACUCAGUGAAAGAACAGAAUCAGAGUGAUUCUGGUGUUUGCUUUAUCUGUGUAGUAUCCGUUAAAGUACACAUCGGUAUCCCGGACAAAAUGCGAAGACCAUUGUAAUUCCCCCUUUUUCUUUUUGUUAUGUACUUCUCUUGCCUGGGUUGCUGAUUGUGAGUCUCCGACGACGUCCGAGCUCAUCCUGUUUACGCUGUUAUAUCAUAAAUAAUAAUGUGAGCCAGAUGCAAAUAUUCAAUAGCCCCGUUGUGGUCUCUUGUCAUGAAUGUACGUGGGCACCGGGCCGUGCUAGCCCGUGGGCACGAGCACGGGCACAAAAUAAAUGGGCCGGCACGAUCACGAAUAAUUUGUGGGCCGUACCGGGUUUAAACUUUAUGGGCACGGGCACGGCACGGUAGGGUUGGGAAUCCAGACCAAACCGUAUGGAAAACCGCGGUCUAGACCGUAUCGUAUGGUUUGGUCUGGACCGUGAGACAAGAACUAUGGUCUCGUCUGGUUUGCGGUCUCCUCCUUUAGUUCGUGGUCUGAAGUGGUCUGGACCGCGGUCUACCGCAAUAACCCGUAAUAGACCGCGACACACUACCUAUUACCUUGGACAAAAAUAACAUUAAAUUGAACCUCCAUAUGUGUAUUUGAAGAACAAAGUUAGUUUCUACAAAAAAAAAAAGAACAAAGUUAGUUGAUUCUUCAUCUAGUUGAGAGCUAACAAAUUGCAAAAUGAUCGCUUAUAUGUUAUCUCCUUAUCAAAGUACCACAAAAAAAUUAGAAAGACUCAUAAAUAAUAUUCACAGAUAAUGACUAGACUAUGGAGUCGAUAAACAUUAAACACUACAAAAAAAUUCGUUCACCUUGAUGAGAUAAGGAAAAUUAUUGAGAGAUAUGCGACCAUCUUAGUGGUUCGAAAUUACCUCGACGUCAUCAAAAAGGUUAUCAACUGGGAGAACCUUCGGAUCACUCGACAGAGGAGAGAAGCGGUAGCACAAAGAGGAAUAGGGAAAUAAGGUUAUUUGAAAAUU